UCUUUCGCUAUAUGACGUUUUAUUUACAUAUAAUUUUCAAAAUAUAAUAUUUACAUACAUUAAGGGGAAGCUCGUUAAACAUAAUUUGCAAUAUGCUUAAUUCGAAUUCAAAUUACAGUGAUGUAUCAAAUAUGAGAUUUUACAAAUGCGGUUUUUAUUUGUACAUAUUUUCGAGCAUCAUAAAUCAUGGCCGAUGACGAACAGGAUGUGGCUCGAACAGAAACUGCAACUAGAAUGCUGACCGCUGAAUAUAAAGAUGGUCAGUUGGAGAUAGUUGAAAUGACUCCGUAUCAAAAGGGGCAUAAAGUGGAAGGCAUUAGUCAUGUGAUAGCGGAGGGAUCAGAGAGCAGUAACGAAGGCCUGAAAUAUAUGCAGGUGCUGGACGCAGACAAGAAUGUUGUAGUUGAUUUACUUAAUUUAACAUUGGUUAGAUGUGAAGAUGGGCAGGAGGCUUACCGACUAGUGAGCAAUGACACGGAGAGUGGUGAUGAUACAACCGUCACCUGUGUUCUUUCAAAUGAUGAUUGUGAAGAACAAGAGAAUCAAGAAUCAUACGUGGUACUGGAAGGAGAACAAGGACCGGUGGUUUUCUUGCAGUCCUCGUUGCCGCAGACCAAUCAGACAAUCAAAGUAGAGACAAAGGAGCAAGAAUUAAAACUGACACCCGCAGAGAUACUAGAAAGAGCAAAGGCACUGCAAAAAGCUAAAGCCCUUAUGUCUGUGCAAUCAACCAAAGAUCGCAGUCGAAAACGUAAAAACGAACUGCCCCCCCCACACGAGCUGCUGGCUUCGCCGCAGUUCAAACUGUUCCUGUACUCUUGCAAGCUCUGCAGUUUCAAAUGCAACGCUAUCAAAGAACUUACAGCUCAUAAGGCGGCGGAGCACAGCGGCAGCACCAGCAAGUGGCGCGGGGGGGGGCGCGCCGCCGCCAGCUCGCUGCAGUGCGCGCGCUGCCCCUACCGCGGCGCCACGCACACGCAGUUGAUGAAGCACGUCAAAGAAAAGCACCUCGAAAGCGUCACGACGAUGGAGGGCCGCGGCGCAGGUCGGCUGCUGCUGGAGAGCGACGAGGUGCGCGCGGCGGACGUGCUCGUGUGCGGCGCGUGCGGGUUCGAGUCCGCCGCGCGCGACGCGUUCCGCCGGCACAUCGAGCGCGAGCACGGCGUCACGCCCUGCUAGAC